GUGAUUCUGCAUGGAAAAUAUUUUUUCAAAAUUUUAAAUAGGAAGAACAAUAACAUUUGUUCACUUACAAUUAGAACCUAAGGAUACAAGUUUCACACACUCUUCAGGCUUCAAAUUUGACGCUAACAGCUGGAGUUCUGGUACAUCAACCUCAGUAAUGAUCUUCACAUAAAUAAAAGAUGGAAAAAUUUUUCGUACAAUGUAUUGCCAAUAUAAAAGAGAACGAGCUCAUGUAUCUGUCGAAUUUGUUAAACCCUGUAGAAUGUUUGCAACUUGUACAAGCUAUAUACGAAGUAACUCCGAUGAAAACGGAACGUAGGGUGAAAAAGUAUGAAACUUUAAUGAAUAAAGAUAUCACUGGAAUGUCGACAUUGUCGAAAGAAUGUCUUCUUAAUCUUGAAGAAUGGAGUCAAGAUUUUCCAACAAAUGCGAAACCAAAUGGAAGGACAACGAUGGAAAUGAUAUUAAGAUGGUUAGGACGACCAGAUUUGGCAAAGUACGUGAGAGAAAAUCACAGUUCGAGUAUUGACUACUUCGAUACAGAGAAUUUAGCAGAUACGUUAGAAUGUCCAGGACACAGAAUGUCGAAAAGGCAUACCCCGGAGAAGGGUAAAAAUGCACAAGCUCAUAAAAAAAAGAAGAAGAAAAAGAAAAAGAAGAAUAAAAAACAGAAAAUUUCUAAAGUUUUAAAAAAUAAAAAAGUUGGAAAAGCAGUUGCAGCAAUGGGAGCACAUGCUAAAGUGCAUAUGUGGCAACCUAAAGAGGACAAAGAUACCUUCACCGAUUAUUUGGAAUGGAAGGACGAAGUUAUUUGUUCGUGUACGGAUAUGGAGGACUAUUGCACGGGACAAUGUUCAAUAUGUAAAGAAAAUGAUUAUAAACAUCACGUGAUAGAUCGUCGAAGUAGUAGCAGUGACGAUUCUGUCAAAGAACUGAAUUUUGUGGUGCGUAAACCGAAAAAGAAAGAAAAGAAAAGAAAACGAUUCACCUUUUUCCAAAACUCUUGUCAAAAUAAGAAGAAGGAAAAGGAACAGGAAUAUCGGGAUAGGAAGAAAAUUUUGGAGAAUAUGAUCAUGAAGAAACAUGAACAACAAAAACUAUUACCAAUGCUUCCAAACGAUGUAUGUUGUAAAUGUUGUAAAUGUACUGUGUAUAUUAGAGAUAAAAUAUUACGUGAAAAGAAAGCGAGAGAAAAGAAAGCGAGGAAAAAGAAGGAAGAAAAGAGAAGGAAAAAGGAAAAAUUGCGAAAAGCGGAGCUACGUGCAAAUAAUGUAUGUUUCAGAGAGACGUGUAAAUAAACUAUUGCUUGAUUUACUACUUAA